CCGCCCGGCCUCUACCACCGAGGAAAGGAGGCACCGGCGCGGGGGUUCCCAGCGCCAGCCUGCGCGAAUCCCCAGAAACUCCGUGAAUCACCUCGGGAUAGUAAACGGAUUAUACAAAGGCAGUGUCUUCCGGGGUCCUUUUCGUGCCUCCCAUUACAGGCUAGGACCACGACCUGCACUCACCCUCCCCACAGACACAUUGGUCUGGGCCCCCGGCGGGGCUGUCACCAUGGAAACGGCGUCUACCGGACAACGCGGCGGCUCACGACGUUUCCAUUGUUAUGGGAAACGCGAAAGUGGUGACCGCGCCGGCGUUGCCUGGAGAACGCCUGGAGUCAGAGUAGCAAAAUGGGCCUCUCCCCAACUCCCCUCCUCCUCCCUCAGCACAAGGCAAAGGGCACCCCUUGCUGUGAGUUUGGGGGCACCGGGUGUCGGGGGCCCACCCAGAACUUUGCGGGAUCCACUGAGGGACCCGUGGCGGGACCGGCCCCCGGUUCGUCAAAUUCCGCCGAUGCUUUCAGGAGACUGAUUAAACAAAGGACAAGACUAGAGUGGGAAAUGAGAGGCUCUUAAAAGUAGAAGAUUUUUGUUUGUCCAUUUACAAGAAAUUGGACAAUGGAUCACUUCAGGAAGAUGGAGGUCAUCAACCUCACCGCCCUACCGAUGAUACCAGUGGAUGAGCACCUGGCUGUCUCGCUUGUCGCACGGGAUACAAUGGUGAAGACUGUGAGGAAGGAGUUAGAGAACAAUCCACCCUCAUGCCUUAUUGGCUCUAUGCACCAGGUGAACCAAAAGAUUGCUGACAUAAAUCUGCGUACCGAGCCAUCGGCCAACAGCCUGGCAAUUGAGAGAUUUGAAUUGGAGAAGAAGGCUUUAAGAGAGAAAACUCGCAGCAGUCCAGGAGACAAAGUCAAGAGACAAAGAAAAUCUCAGUAUUCCUGCAAAGGCUCAGAACUCAGACAUGCCAGAUCUUCUGUUAUAAAAAGGCAUUUCUGUUCAGGGAGAGAAUUAGAGAAAUUUCUCUCUUCUCCUUCUCCAAGAGCCAUCUGGCUGGAUAGCUUUUGGUGGAUAUUUCAUGAGAGGUACCAGCCAAACAAGGAGCUCCAGAAUAAUCUGUUCGACCGGAUAGCCCAGCACUACGCCUUACUUUUGUUUCGUGUACCCAAGUCCCACUAUGAAGAGGCGAUCUUAAAAAGGCUGCCAUCGCUUCUGAGCAAAGCCAUGUACACCAGCUUCUGUUGCUGCUUCCCACAGUCCUGGUUCAACACACACGAAUUCAAGUCUGACAUCUGUAACACAAUGAGCCUGUGGAUUUCAGGCACCUAUCCUAGCCCACAGAGCUAUGACAGCUGGAACUACUCAGAACUAGACCCAGAGCGAUUCCGCAGAGAAGAAUUAAUGUUACACAGAAGAAGACUGAUAAAGGGGAGAGAGUUUUCUUUGUUUGCUGGUACGAGAGCCUUCUCCCAGAAACCAGGCCAGAGCAGGAAAUUCUGCCACCCUCAGUUUUUUAGUGCAAAGUCACCCAAUGAAAAAGCCUCUUCGGCCAAGCAGAACUCAGAAAAAAGCUUACGAACACAGAAUACUGCAAAAGAGCAUCAUUCUCAGGCCCUGGUCUUGAAGAAACCUACACAAGAAGUCAAGAGGAUAUCAGAAGGGAGAGAAUGUGAGAAUAUGUUUCCUAAAAAGUCAUGUGCUGCCUGCAAAAGCCCUGAGCUGACUUCAAACCUCUUCAACAUUUAUGGGAAGAGCCCUCUGAUUGUGUACUUUCUCCAGAACUACGUCGGUCUGCAGCAGCACGGCAAGAAUGUGUUGAUAGUCAGAAGGGAAAAGACCAUGAGCACCCCUGACUGCACCCCAACAUAUACUGAUGUCAUCAGCGAGACCCUGUGCAGCAUGAAGAAGCGGAAAGACAACCUCAAUCAGUUGUACCAGCGUCACUGGAGUGAAUGGAAUUAUUUUGACAAGCAUCUAAAGGAACUGCAAGACAACUUCUCCAGGGAAAUGAAGAAUAUUGAUCAAAAAGCAGCAGAUAAAAAAAAGGCAAACCACAUGUUCGUCCCACCUUCAGCCUUCAAUGAGGAAUCACCUGACAAAAAAACACAGGAGGGGAAAGGAGGAGAGGAAAAGAGAAGAGAAGCAGAAGUUGAACAUUUCCUUUCACUCACUUCCAAGCCCUGA